UUUACCUUACAACAAAUCAUCUUCCCUUACUCAACUGCGAUAUUAAACAAUGGCUGAAGUGAUUGUCUCCGCAAUCCUGAAGCAAUUGGAUUUUGUCCUGAAUCCAACUGAUCAUGACAAGGCGAGACCCGUCGUGCAUUCUGAAGACGAAGGCGAAACGCUCAAGGCGAGAGCCGCGAGACUGGACGUGGGUGCUGAUGCUGAAGUCAAAACGCUCAAAACCAAUUUUGAGGGCAUCCGGCAUGUGCUUCAAGAUGCAGAAGACAGACAAGUGAAGGAAAUGGAUGUGAAGCAUUGGCUGGAUAAGCUUACCGACACUUCCUAUGAGAUUGAUGACGUGUUGGAUGAGUGGAGCACUGCCAUUCAUAAGUUGAAGAUGGAAGUUGAAAAUGCUUCCACGUUUGAGAAGGUGUGUUUCCAAAUCCUUUCUCAUUGUUUUUCUACUGAGAAAAUUGUCUUGCGUCGUGAUAUUGCUAUUAAGAUAAAAAUUCUGAAUCAAAGGCUAGAUAAUUUAGCUACAGAGAAAAAUAAGUUCAAGUUUAGCUCUAAGAAAGACACUAGAGAGCUAGAAUCACCAAGGACUGCUGCCUCUUUUUGUUAUGAAACAAAAAUAUAUGGAAGAGAUGAUGCUAAGAAAGAAAUUGUAGCCUUCUUGCUAAGCGAGAGUAGUGAAGGGCCAAUUAUUCCUAUCCUUUCAAUUAUAGGAAUAGGAGGAAUUGGAAAAACGUCUCUUGCUCGACUUGCUUUUAAUGAGAAAGAGAUGAAUACCCAUUUUGAUGUUAAAAUUUGGGUGACUCUGUCUGAUUGUGUUAAUGAGAUUAAGAUUGCCAAAGCAAUUCUUGAAUCUCUGAAAAGUACGCAUGCUAAGCUAAGUCUAGGGAGAUUAGACACUUUGUUAAAACAGAUGCAUCAAUUUCUAGAGGGAAAAAAGUUUCUUCUUGUCCUAGAUAAUGUCUGCACAAAAAAUUCCAUCAAUUGGAAAAAAUUAAAGUACUGUCUUAAUUGUGGUUGUCAAGGAAGUAGAAUUGUCUUGACCGCACGUGAAGAGAGUACCGCAAAUAAGAUAGAAACCACCAAAAUAAUCAACCUAGGAAAAUUAUCUGAUGAGGAUUCUUGGUCAUUAUUUAGGCAAAUUGCGUUUAAUGGAAGGACUAGUGAAGUGCCUAAAAACUUAGAAGAUUUUCGUAGAAAAGUUGAAAGUAAGUGCCAAGGCUUGCCUCUUGCUAUAAAGAUAUUGGGGAAUUUAUUGAGUUUGAAAGAAAAAACUGAACAAUGGCAAAAUGUUUUAGAUAGUAAACUGUGGGAGUUAGAAGAGAUAGAACGGGAAAGUGUUUUAAAUGGUAAACUAUGGGAGUUAGAAGAGAUAAAAAAAAUACUUUUCCCAGCUUUAAUGUUGAGUUAUUAUGAUUUGCCUGCUGAAUUGAGAAAAUGUUUCUCAUAUUGUGCCAUUUUCCCCAAGGAUUAUAAGAUAGAGAAAGACAAGUUAAUUAAGUUGUGGAUAGGCCAAGGUUACAUUAAGGUAGAUGGAGAGUUAAUUGGUGAAGGGUAUUUUCAAAACUUAGUGAGGCACUCUUUUUUUCAAGAUCCUGAAAGAAGUGGACAUGAUGGUAACAUAGUAAGUUAUAAGAUGCAUGAUAUUGUGCACGACUUUGCUCAAUUUCUAACGCAAAAUGAAUGUUUUACUAUGAAUGUUGAUGAUCAUGAAGAGUCUCAAUUAGAGUUUUCUUACAAAAGAACUCAUCAUUUAAUGAUAUUAGGAGACUCAAUUCCUAUUGCCAUUUGCAAUGAGAAAAAAUUGCGUAGCCUUCUUCUUGUUGUUAACCGUACAUUUGAUGUUGUAUUUGAAGUAGAUUUGAUCAAAUUAUUUGAUCAGUUGACUUGUCUGAGGACAUUAGAUUUGAGUGACUGUUCAAUUACAAAAGUUCCAGGAGGAAUAAAAAAGUUGAUACAUUUGAGAUAUCUUAACUUAUCUCAAAAUAAAAAAUUGGGAGAGUUGCCUGAGAUGGUGUGUGAUUUGUAUAAUUUGCAAACCUUGGAUCUUUAUGGUUGCAUUAGACUUGUAAAACUACCACAGGAGAUAGGAAAGUUAAUCAACUUGAGGCAUUUAAUAAAUUAUGAUAAUAAAUCGUUAAGUUACAUGCCAAAAGGAAUGGAGAGAUUAACUCGUCUUCGUACACUGAGUAAAUUUGUUAUCAGUGAUGGUGGUCACAGUAAGAAAGCCUGUACUAGUCUUGAAUGUUUGAAAAAGUUGAACCACCCUAAAGGAUCUUUUCAGUUAGAAGGGUUGGGAAAUGUGAAAAAUGUUAGUGCAAUUAAAUUAGCAGAAUUCCACAAUAAGAAAAACCUGAUUGAUUUGAGCUUAAAAUUCAAUCAAACCAGGUCAAAUGAGCGUCAUGAAUUAGUUCUUGAAGCCUUACAACCACCUCAAAAUCUAGAAAAAUUAAAGAUAGAUGACUACAAAGGCCAAACUAUAUCCCCCCCUUGGAUGUUCUCAUUAACCAUGUUGAGAGCGUUAACACUCUCUAAUUGCAUAAACUGUGAGAAAUUGCCUACUUUGGGUGAAUUACCAUCCCUUGCAUCACUCAAGAUAAGUCAAAUGAGUGGCGUGAAAACAGUAAGUAAAGAAUUUUUGAGAAUAGAAAAUGACUAUCUAUCAUCACCAUCAUCAUCAUCUAUUGCCUUUUCCAAACUAGAAUCUCUUACGAUUUGGAAAAUGAAAAAUUGGGAAGAGUGGAAUUCUGGGAUUACAAGGAGUGGGGAUGGAAACAUGACAUGUCUUACUUCAUUGUCCAUUCGAUAUUGUGAGAACUUAAAGGCAUUACCAGACUACAUUCUUCAGUCGACAACACUCAAGCUAUUGGAUGUUAGAAAUUGCUUAUUUUCACGUACAGAAAAAAUCGUGUUCCCCAACGUCACCAACUUAACUCUUCGUGAUUGCAUGGAAGAGUGUGAGCAUUUACCUCCUUUGGGAAAAUUAGCAUCCCUUGAAUCACUUAGGCUAUUGGAUAUGAAGGGUGUGAAAAAAGUCAGUAAUGAAUUUUUGGGAAUAGAAAAGGGUGGCACAACUCCUGUUGUCUUCCCCAAGUUGAAAUCUCUUGAGUUUUGUCGUAUGAAACAAUGGGAAGAGUGGGAUAUCACCAAGGAAGAUAAUAUUAGUAUCAUGCCAUGUCUUCAUACCUUGAAAAUUAGUGAUUGCAACAAAUUAAAAGCCUUGCCAGAUCACAUUCUUUCUGAAACGACAACACUACAGAAAUUGGACAUCAGUUGGUGCUCUAUUCUAGAAGAACAUUACGAAAAGGAGAAGGAGAAGGAGAAACAGAAAGGAAGAGAUUGGCCCAAAAUCUCUCACAUUCCUCAUAUCAUAAUUGGUAAUAAACAUGUGCAAUAUCCUAGGCAGCAGUCAUUUUCAUCACCUACAGGCCUAGCAUAGGAAUGCUUGAUAGAUGAACUGGUUGUUUUCACUGAGCUAAGGGUGGUUCUCUUGGGAUCAUAUAGAUACUGUUAUUAAACGUGUGCUGAGGACAGCUGAGAUUUGGUGAAUGGAGAUUGUGAGGAGAAAAGAUGGUUUGUAAUUCAGGGGAAAUAGGUGCUUGCUCUCAUGUGAAAUGGAGAGUUUCAGCGGAAUUGCUGAUGGCUUAUAUGGGGAAGUUUCUGGUGAGUUUUUUUCUUUUUCUCUAGCUAUUGCUUUAAAGUAUUGGAAAAGAUUUUCUCAUUUUCUUAAUGUUUCAGGCUCUAUAAUACGAUUUGAAUGCAGACAUUUAUGGAAGUCAUUGUAGGCAUCAAUCCUCAUAUGCAUUGGGUAGCCAUACAAGCAAUCAAGGUGUUUUCCAAGAAUAUUAGCCUUGAAUUUCAGCCAGAGGAGUCAACUUCCUUCCAUCAAAAUGAUUAUAUAUCAACAAAAAACAGUCAUAUACAUGUGGUAUCUCUUCUGAAAGUCAUCUUUAUCACCAGAGGCACCAAGAUGUGGGAAUGGAUUAUACAAUAUUCUUAUUCAACCAAGAAGGAAGAAGUCACAUAACUGUCUAGAGGAGAUUUUACAGAGAAGGAAAUGUUAUGGCAGAUUUGGAUUUUUCAUUUUCGAGCUUGCAAUGGUGGGAUAAUCCCCCUUCAUCUAUUUCCAAGGAACUCCACCAUCAUGUUUGGCAUGUAUUUCUAUAUAGGUUUAGUUGAAGUUUACUUGUAAUUUUGUACUUCAUGCAUUUGCAUUUGCAUUCUCUUUAUUCAUUGUAUAUAUAGCUUUUUGAGGGGUAAGGCUCAUUACGUCCCCCCCUAUCUAGGUGUCAUUUGUUUUUUUAACUAUUAAUAAAAUUUUCCCUCGUGCCGCCGAGGUUUCUUU